AUGACAAACACGUUAGCUGUUUGUCUCGUAGCCAUAUUCUUUUGUUGUACAUGUUUGUCUACAGCUAAACAGAUACCCAGAGAAUGUGCUAAGGGACCUACAUAUUGGUGCGAAUCACUAAAGAAUGCAGCGGAUUGUGGUGCCGUGGGUCACUGUACUAGCACGGUGUGGGAAGUUGAGGUCACAGAUGUCAAGAAUAAUAUUGUCUCGGACAAGAUUGUGCAAAAGUUCAGUCAGCUGAAAGAUGUCAAUACUAUGAUUAAUGCGGACUAUCUCUCGUCUUCAAUUAGCUCGGCAUGCCGUGAUCUUCCCACUCCAAGUGUACAGCGUCUGUGUAAAGCGAACACAGCUGACCUAGGGCAGUAUCUCCUGCAUGUUCUGCAAUCAAAAACAACACCACAGACUAUUUGCAAGAUAGUCGGCAUGUGUAAUAAUGACAAACUAGAUAACCUCAAUAUGAAAAAGAGGUCUGACGAACCGAGCAAAGAGAAACAUUUGUUGGGAGGCGCUCGUUGUACGUGGGGUCCAUCAUAUUGGUGCAGUAAUUUCAGUACUGGCAAAGAGUGCAAGGCAACUCACCACUGCGUACAAAGGGUUUGGUCCAAACAGACAUACCCUCAAGAUAAUGAUGGCAUCUGCAAGAUAUGUAAAGAUAUGGUGAAGCAAGCCCGGGACCAACUGGAGAGUAAUCAGACACAGGAGGAUUUGAAAGCAGUUUUUGAAGGUGAAUGCAAUCUGAUUCCUAUAAAGAUAGUAAGGAAAGAAUGUAAGGUACUCGCUGAUGACUUUGUUCCCGAGUUGGUUGAGACACUCUCAUCUCAGAUGAAUCCAGAUGCUGUGUGCUCUGUAGCCGGCCUCUGUAAUAGUGAGAGGAUAGAUCAUAUGUUAGAAGACUAUUCAUCUGCCCUGAAGUUGAGAGAAGGUUGCACCAACUGUAGACGUAGUGUUGGUAUAGCGAGGAAAAGAUUCGACGCUACCAGCUAUGAAGACUUCCUUAUGGGAUUACUGAAGGUUUGUCAAGAGGUGGGUUCGCUAUCAGAUUCCUGUUCUAUGCUGGUGUUUAAAUAUUACGAGAAUAUUAUAGAAGCUUUGAAGAAAGAUUUCACAGCUGAGGAUGUAUGUCACCUCAGUGGACAAUGUGCUCAUAUAUAUCACUCACACGAUCUGUACACUUUCCCCGAUGAUGAACAAAAUCUUAAAGCAUCCGACGACAUCCCGUGCGAGUUCUGCGAGCAAGUUGUGAAACACCUUCGUGACACUUUGGUCGCUAACACAACUGAGAUUGAGUUCAAGAAAAUACUUGUUGGUCUCUGCAAGCACUCCGGAAGCUUCAAGAACGAAUGUCUUCAACUGGUGGAUCAAUAUUAUGAAAUAAUGUACACGUUCCUCACAGCCGAAAUGCAACCUCAAAUAAUCUGUGGUCUCAUCGGCGUAUGUAACAAAAAGACGGACAUAACCAUCGCACCGCUACUACCUUCUGAGUUAGAGGUUAAGACAAUUGGAAUAUCACAGUCACUUAUUGGAUCUGAUGAAGCUAAUAGCUAUACACAUAAGCCAAAACAAGAGAAUGUUAAAAUCUUAGAUGCGGAUAAAGCCCAGCUUCCUAUCGAGAGAAUGUUUGUGUCUGUGCCACAGGCCGAGAAUUCACAGAUAUGUACAUUCUGUCAAUACUUCCUACAUUACAUACAAGUUGAGCUCAGCGACGAAAACACUGAGGAGGCAAUAAAGAAAGUGGUUGAAAACGCAUGCGAUGUUUUGCCGAACGCCAUAGACUCUACUUGUAGGCAGUUUGUGUCACAGUAUGGAGAAGCUGUUAUAGCGCUGUUGGUACAACAGAUUGAUCCCGCUGAGGUUUGUCCGAGCCUAGGCCUCUGCCCCAAGUUGAAGGUCAAAGAAUCCGACACUCCUAACUGUGCUUUAUGUCUGUUUGCGGUUCAACAAGUGGAAACAGUUUUGAAAGAUAAUAAAACAGAGGCCAGCAUUCGUAAAGCACUUGAAAGUCUCUGCAACAGUCUGUCAGGAAAGCUAAGACCGGCUUGCGUAGACUUCGUGGAGACUCACACCGAUCAAUUAAUAGAGAUGUUAAUAGCUGAUCUCACGGCUCAAGAAAUAUGUGUUUUCCUUAACAUGUGUAAAGACGAACAUUCACACGCGGACCCUCUCAAGAUCACGGGUAUAGAUAAAUAUCAUGAGAAACCUCAUCUUAGAGGUGAUUGGAAUAGAAGGAAACGACCCAUGUUGCCUAGAAAUAUGUUAGAACCAGGCGUUGGAGAUAUUGAGACGAACGAAAUCCCGGACCACACAGUGAACGGCCGUCCUAUACACAACCAAAACCCCGUCUGUAUCAUGUGUGAGUUCGUGUUGAAGGAGAUCGACGACCAGAUCAAGGACAAACACAACGACGAUGAAAUAAAGAAGGUUGUCCACGGCGUAUGUAAACGUAUGCCCAAGUCAGUGAGGAGCGAGUGUGAUCAGUUUGUUGAGAAGUACGCGGACCUCGUGAUCAGUCUGUUGGCGCAGGAGUUGGACCCUGAUGAAGUGUGCCAGGAACUGAAACUGUGCAAACCUAAUGGCGUACAACACUUUAAAAGUGAAGUCUUGAACUGCGCCGUGUGCGAAUCAUUAGUCCAGGUGUUGAAGAAACUCGCCACUAACAAGAAGAUAGACGACGACAUCAUACAUGUUACUGAGCUGGCCUGCAAUGAACUGCCCGCCAAGUAUGCGAAAAGGUGUCGCAACAUGAUGGAGGUUUAUGGCGAAAGCAUUAUCAAGCUUAUUAAGGCUUCUGAAUCAAGAUUCAUCUGUGGCAUGAUUGGCUUCUGCGGGGAACGACCGGCAAGGCUACAGAUGACACCAGCUAUAUAG